GUCUUUAUUUGACUAUGGUAGUACUAGCUUAUGAUUGGCUGGCUCUUAUGCUGUAUUGUUUGUUGUCGCUUUAUACACAAUUAUAAAAAAGAUGCACCUGUAUUUUUCCAUUCUUUAUCUCUACAAUCUCUUCCAUGAAGGAAUACCCCUCUUUUUAUCAUUUCAAUUGCAUUCCUACUGUGGAAGAAGAUACUGCUUCUUCAUCUACUUUAGUUGAUUCAACUUCAACACUUUCGGAAAGUGGCUCAGACGUAUUAGAACAGCAACCUCUUUUAUUAAAAAAUACCCUAUCAGAACAAGCAUCGUUAUCUUCCAUAGCCAAAGAUCCUCAUGAACUGAAAUAUGAUUAUGGUGCUAUAAGCAAAGAGACAUUGAUUGACAAGUCUUCUAGUCUAGGUGCUGCUAUGAAUUUAGUCAAUGCCAUGAUGGGAACUGGCAUCAUCGGACUGCCUCUUGCACUUCAUUUGUGCGGAUUUUGGCUUGGUGUAGCCUUUUCUGUUUUGAUUGCCUGUCUUUCUUGUCUAACCAUGCAUAUCACAAUUGUGUGUGGCAUGAAAACACAAACAACCAGUUUAGUAUCAUUGGUUGAAAGGCUGGUGGGUCCUUUUGGAUCAAGUAUAAUGAACUUUAUAGUCUUUUUCCAUACAGCGGGUACUGCUAUCUCUUAUUACUUAUUAUUAGGUGAUACACUCCCAAGUCUAAUUGCUUGGGUAUUACCUAAUUACCCAGCUUUGGCUAAUCGUACCAUUGUCAUUCUUUUGUUUGGUUUAUGCUUUACAUUACCAUUGAGCCUAUCAAGGUCGACUGCUAAAUUUGCCAAAUGGUCUGCUUUGUCUGUUGUUUUGUUGUUUCUCAUGCUUAUUGGUGUUCUUGUACGGUCACCUAAUUACUAUGAAAAGAUACCUAUAGAGAAUAAGUUGACACUAUCAGAACCUAUGUUUCAAGGACUUGCUAUUAUGAGUCUUGCUUUUGGUUGUGCGCAAAACUUGUUUAGUAUUCAUGAUUCCAUAAGGGACAAGAGCCCCUCUAAUUGGCUGUUUACUUGUUCAUUGGCUAUAGGCAUUGCAUUUGUGAUCAACAUGGUAUUUGCUAUUAUCCUUUAUCUUUGCUUUGGAAAAGGUGUACAGGCAAAUGUCUUUUUAAAUUUCCCAAUCAAUGAUGUUGGUAUUCAGCUUGCCAAAAUGACACUUGGAUUGUUUAUGGUCUUGAGUAUACCAUUAUGUGUUUAUCCUUGCAGAGAGUCUGUCAUGAUGAUGAUCUAUGGCACUCAUUAUGAUUACAGUCAGUCAACAGAUAAACAGCACUUUAUAGUGACAAUAGUUGUUUUCAGUAUUAUCUUAUAUUUUGGAGCAACACUGGUUUCUCUGGGAAAGAUCUUUAGUCUGAUUGGAGGAUUUUCAACGACUAUUCUGGGGUUUUUUUUGCCUGGGUUGGCCUUUAUGUACUUGUUUGAUUAUAAAGGCAACAGGUUCCUUUUCUUGACUUCCUUUGUUGGUAUUGUUCUUGCGUUGCCUGUCAUUUACUUUUCUAUCAAGCUCUUCUUUUAUGAAUAAAUCACAAGAUGGCACGUUUUUCUUGUCAGUGGUACACAACGGUUACUUUAUCCCAGCGGAGAAUAUGGAGGAUAAAAGAUUAUGUGUGGGGUACAAUGUAGAUGCCUAGGAAAUCUCUGUAUAGACUUCUUCUUUUUCUAUCUUUUUCUUUUUCUUUCACAAAAAAAAAAUACUAGAUUCUUCUUUUUUUUUUU